AUGAGCCCCGGGUUGCUGAUGCUGCUCGGCAGCGCCGUCCUGGUCGUCUUCGGCCUCUGCUGCACCUUCGUGCACCGCGCUCGCAGCCGCUACGAGCACAUCCCCGGGCCGCCGCGGCCCAGUUUCCUUCUAGGACACCUCCCCUACUUUUGGAAAAAGGAUGAGGUUUGUGGCCGCGUGCUCCAAGAUAUGUUUUUGGAUUGGGCUAAGAAGUACGGACCUGUCGUGCGGGUCAAUGUCUUCCACAAAACCUCGGUCAUCGUCACAAGCCCCGAGUCGGUCAAGAAGUUCCUGAUGUCAACCAAGUACAACAAGGACUCCAAGAUGUACCACGCGAUCCAGACUGUGUUUGGUGAGAGGCUGUUUGGCCAAGGCUUGGUGUCCGAAUGUGACUAUGAACGCUGGCACAAACAGCGGAGGGUCAUGGACCUGGCCUUCAGCCGGAGCUCCUUGGUUAGCUUGAUGGGAACAUUCAAUGAGAAAGCGGAGCAGCUGGUGGAGAUUCUGGAAGCCAAGGCAGAUGGACAGACUCCGGUGUCCAUGCAGGAUAUGCUGACCUGCACCACCAUGGACAUCCUGGCCAAGGCAGCUUUUGGGAUGGAGACCAGCAUGCUGCUGGGUGCCCAGAAGCCUCUGUCCCGGAAAGUGAAACUGAUCCUGGAGGGCAUCAGUGCAUCCCGAAACACUCUGGCAAAGUUUAUGCCAGGGAAGUGGAAGCAGCUUCGCGAGGUCCGGGAAAGCGUGCGUUUCCUGCGUCAGGUUGGCAAGGACUGGGUCCAGCGCCGCCGGGAGGCCCUGCAGAGGGGGGAGGACGUGCCUGCUGACAUCCUCACACAGAUUCUCAAAGCUGAAGAGGGGGCCCAGGACGACGAGAUUCUGCUGGACAACUUCGUCACCUUCUUCAUUGCUGGUCACGAGACCUCUGCCAAUCACCUGGCAUUCACGGUGAUGGAGCUGUCGCGCCAGCCGGAGAUCUUGGCGAGGCUGCAGGCCGAGGUGGACGAGGUCAUCGGUUCCAAGAGGCACCUUGACUGCGAGGACCUGGGGAGACUGCAGUACCUGUCCCAGGUCCUCAAGGAGUCGCUGAGGCUGUACCCGCCAGCGUGGGGCACCUUUCGUCUGCUGGAGGAGGAGACCUUGAUCGAUGGGGUCCGGGUCCCCGGCAACACCCCGCUCCUGUUCAGCACCUAUGUCAUGGGGCGGAUGGACACAUACUUUGAGGACCCGCUGACUUUCAACCCAGAUCGCUUCAGCCCCAAAGCACCCAAGCCGAAGUUCACCUACUUCCCAUUCUCCCUGGGACCCCGCUCCUGCAUUGGGCAGCAGUUUGCUCAGAUGGAGGUGAAGGUGGUCAUGGCCAAGCUGCUGCAGAGGCUGGAGUUCCGGCUGGUGCCUGGGCAGCGAUUCAGGCUGCUGGAGCAGGCCACGCUCAAGCCGCUGGACCCCGUGCUGUGCACCCUGCAGCCUCGGGGCUGGCAGCCCGCGCCCCCGCCCCCGCCCUGCUGA